AGAAAGUACUAGCAUAAGCGUAGUGGCUUUGUUCCACCAUUCCCAAAGACGUCACUGGUAUGCUAGAGUCUAGUUAUAUAGCCUAAUAGGCCUAUUGCAAAUAAAAAGAGGAAGGUCUGAUAUCUUAAUCUUUGGACCGAGCAGUACGCAACGAAACCUGAUCAUCGCUCACAAUGGCUAAACCUGUGAUGAUUAGUGUUUUGGAGUGUGAUAAUCACAUUGAUCCCGACAGAUCAAAGUGGGGAGGCUAUGGCCCUCUUGUUUCCAAAUGGCUCAGGUCAAACGAUCGUUUGCAGGAACUCGCACAAAUACGUGUCUGGGAUGUCAAGAAUGCCAUGGACUAUCCGGAGCCAGGGGAUUACGAUGUGCUCAUAAUUACUGGUGCACCCGCAAACCCAGAAGGCGAGGAACCCUGGUUGGUGAAGCUCCGGGAGUAUAUCGAAAAAGAAGUCGAAACAGCAUCUCAUCAAAAGUUUGUCGGCUUUUGCUUCGGUCACCAGAUCUUGGCUAUGGCGUACGGGCUGUCCGUUGAAUGCAAUGACUCGGGGUACGAGUUCUCUGCAACAACUAUCCAACUAUCAGAUACAGGAAAAAGACUUUUCAACCAAGACUCUAUUUGUUUAAACGAGGGUCACCAAUUUCAGGUCAAAGAUCAAGACUUGGGACAACUCCAUAAUCUCGGCUCGACGGAUCAUACUCGCAUACAAGGUCUCUUUCUUCCUAAACGCCUUUGGUCGCUCCAAGCGCACCCCGAAUUUGACGCUGAAGCAUUGGGCCAAAUAUUAGAGUUCGCAAAAUCGAAAUUAUCUGAGGAGGAUUACCAAAAUGCAAGGGCAAGAAAUACUGACAAUGUCGAGCAGCAAGUCGCCUUGGAUUCAUUAGUUAAUUUUAUCUUAGAAUAG